CUCGAAUCGCCCGAAGGGCUGGUCAUUGGACGGUCUCGCCUUGAACAAAGUUCCUUCUUCCCGGCUCUGCAAAUGAGGAGUGCCACCGCCAGGAGAUAGCAUUGAUUGCAUUGACAUCCUCCGCCCCUUGUCUGCUCCUCACGUCCGCUGCGCAGGGAGUGCCUUCUUCGUCGAGGUGUACCGCCGGUCCCACUUGAUCGCAUUAAUCGCAGCCUUCUGAUACUGCUCUGCAGGCAUAUCCUUCGUGGACUGGACGAGGCUCUGGUCGAGGUAGUGAUCAGGUGAAAACCUGAUCCGCCUGAUCCAGAAAUGGAGAUCCAGAUGCUCGCUCCGCUCCCUUUCAUCCCGCUCUCUCGGCAAGUUGCUGUGUUGCAUCCAGCCCCGUGGCAAUUACGCGCUAGUCUGGUACAAGACGGUGUGUCGGGUGCUCGAUGCUCAGCAAUCUCCUUUCUACCACGUUCCUCUCUCCUUGCUUGCACAAAAGGGCCAUGCCCUUCCACCUACAGUACCCCAAUGCCUUUCUCCGGCUCACACUUCGCGUCAUGGCGCGCAGGGUCCGAGCGGACUACAGCCGCCAUCAGCAAGGCGUUGCACUACGCUGGGAAGACAACGAGGACCCAAAGAAGGACGAUGACUUCCACUACAAUCGAGAGACCUACGAACAGACCUCAAGCCUCUUCUGGCACCUCAUCCCGCUUGAUUGGGAUGACACCGACUUUGUACGAGAGGUCAAGAUUGGCACGGGUACUCUCGAAGAGCCUUGCACCUGGCUCGACCGUCUCCGUGCUCGAACGUUGGAAGAGACCAUCUCAAACAUGCUGACCGCUGUGACUUGGGACCGCAAUGCUUGGGCCCUUGCGGUUGCUGUUGCGGAAUGGAGAGAUGAGCGAACGGAGUUAGAUUCGAAUGGCUUGCCAGACAGAAGAGGUUCGUGGAAAGAUCAGUGGCCCGAUGGAAAGCCUCACGAGCUGUUCGACGGCUCUACAAAACCCUUGUCUGCCCAAAUGGAGGGGACUAUGCUGCACUUUCUGUGAGUAGCCGGCAUGCUGUACACCUCAUUGAACGCUCGCUGACCGAAGUCCUUGCAGUGAGUGGAUUUCAAAGGAGCAGGGAUCUGCAUUCCUUCUGAUGGACCAUGAUAAACUGUGGCGCGAACACGACGGCAGAGUUGUCCUGCACAAGAUGCAACUUGCAGGGCUGCCAGAGACGCCAGCCAUGGCAAAGCAGAGGGCGGCUCAGUCCGCGCAAGCGUCUUCGUGAGCAGCCUGGCACCGAAAUAUAUACCAUCGCAUUGACGAGCUCGCUCGUUGAGCGUUGCAGCGACCAUAC